AUGGAAUCCAUGGUCGUUAUCCUCUCUGCCUCAUCCCAUCUCGAGGGGAAUAUUGUUGACUCAGCAGUCCGCCAACCAGCAGGUAAAUUCGUCGGCCGACGGAGAAACGAUUUUCAGUCUAGUUCAGUGUACUCGGAGGGAAUAGAUUUUCCCAUUCAAACUCAAUGUGUAUCAAAUACGAAUCGUAAAAAUUAACAAAAACAUAGAGAACUUACGGUGUGAAUUAGAGCCAGACUCAGUUUCCCACGAGUGCAUUUAUUUUUAACGUCACGUAUUCACGUACUCCGCUUGUUGAUGCAGCACUUGUUCAUCAAAAAGAUAUGCGAAUGUCCGCAAAGACUGGGACCUUGCAAUUGCCUCUGGAAGAUUACUGAGCGGUUCCAAAACAUGGUUUGUGAAAAAAAUGUCUUCACACACCCAAUCUUUCUUGCAACACAUGCAAUUUGAAUGGAUACCCCCUGGAGGUUGGUCGUACUGACAAUUUGGAAGAAGUCCUCACACAGGGUGGCACAUUCAAAGUUACGCACGAUGCGGGUAGUCUGUAUAAACUACCCGCUCAACUGCGAAUAACUCAGGGGAUACAUAUAUAUAUAUAUAUAUAUAUAUUAUGAUAGUGGGCGCUCACCGAUCAGGUUACGGAACAUGCUCGUUCCGUUGUGCCUUGGGGCUCAUACUUAAACCCUCGCAGGCAGUCGCACAGCGACUAGUGAUAUAUGUUGGAAAGGUAAUACCGACAAAGACAAGGGAGACCGGAAUGGCCAUUUCUGGCUUAUUAGCCGUCAUCAGCCAGUCAUACCCAACCCCAAGUGUGGAUCACUUGAGAUUCGAACCCGGGAUCUUUGGUCAUGGAGUUGAACGCUCUACCAUUGAGCCACGGGCCCGUUGUCCUGUCGGUUGUGAUCGGGAAUAUUAAUUAUGAUAGUGGGCGCUCACCGAUCAGGUUACGGAACAUGCUCGUUCCGUUGUGCCUUGGGGCUCAUACUUAAACCCUCGCAGGCAGUCGCACAGCGACUAGUGAUAUAUGUUGGAAAGGUAAUACCGACAAAGACAAGGGAUCACAACCGACAGGACAACGGGCCCGUGGCUCAAUGGUAGAGCGUUCAACUCCAUGACCAAAGAUCCCGGGUUCGAAUCUCAAGUGAUCCACACUUGGGGUUGGGUAUGACUGGCUGAUGACGGCUAAUAAGCCAGAAAUGGCCAUUCCGGUCUCCCUUGUCUUUGUCGGUAUUACCUUUCCACCAUAUAUAUAUAUAUAUAUAUAUAUAUAUAUAUAUCAUGGACAAGGCUGAUUAUGUUCGAAAAGCAAACACCAUCUUUAAUGACAGGGAAGCUUGCGCACCACUCGCUGAGGACCCGACGAAGAAGCAAGCCGCGGUUAUAAAGAAGAAGGUGAAUGAACUCGCUCGACUGAAGCUGAUUAACCCAAAUGACUCCAAAUUCAUGACUCUCACUGAUCCCCGUAUCGCGCAUGCCUAUGGCCUUCCAAAAGUGCACAAACUAGAUGCACCAUUGAGGAUAAUAGUGCCACUCAUCGGGUCGCCCACUUACAACCUAGCCAAAUGGCUUUACAGGCAUCUGAAGCACCUCGCUGAUGGAUCACAAUACAGCAUCACAAAUUCUCAGGCAUUCCUUCAAAGGAUUGAAGGUCUUAAAGUAAGUCCUGAUGAAAGUAUUCUAUCAUUUGAUGUUGUCGCAUUGUUUUCCUCAAUACCACAUGACCUUGCCAUUGAGAGCGUGGCCCAUCGCUUACGAGAAAAUCCGAUCGACCUUCCAACACAUCACGUUCUAGAAUUGCUUAAGCUCUGCCUCAAUAACUAUUGCCAAUUCGAUGGCAAAUACUACCAGCAGGUUAAGGGCACCCCAAUGGGUUCGCCAAUUUCGGGGCUACUUGCAGAACUAGUCUUACAACGACUAGAACAAGAUGUUGUGCAAAGUUUCCAACCAAAAACGUAGCUCAGAUACGUAGAUGACACAGUUGUCAUCGUUAAGACCUGCGAAGUUGAGCGAUUUCACCAGAGCUUGAACGGCGCCUUCCCAGCACUACAAUUCACUCGUGAAGAUGCAAAAAGAGGCACCCUCCCGUUCCUAGACGUGAGCAUACAAAAGCUCAGUGACGGCGGCAUCGCAACAAGCGUUCAUCGGAAAAGCUCUGACGCUGAGAUCAUCCUGACCUAUCAGAGUAACCACCCAGCAGCCCAUAAAAGAAGCUGUGUUCGGACCCUUUUCCACAGGGCCUAUCGUUACUGCAAUAGCGCCGAUUUACUCAAAGAUGAACUGGCCUACUUGCAUCGCUUUUUCCGACUCAACGGAUACCCGGCGAGCUUUGUCAAAAAUUGUCUCAGACGUCAACAACAACCACAAAACGUCGACUCUAACGGAGACAGAGUAUCACGGAAAUUCUAUUCCUUGCCCUACAUGUCGAGAAUUUCCGAAGCGAUCGCUCGACAAUUAAAUCGAUUCGGCAUCUCCAUCGCCCACAAACCGGCGUCUUCAUUGCGCACGACAUUAUCCCGGGUAAAAGACCCCAUACCGAAGGAGCAGCAAACAAAUGUCAUUUACCGCAUUCCAUGUUCAAACUGCUCUAGCGUUUAUGUUGGGCAUACCGGCCGACGACUUGGGACCCGCAUUAACGAACAUAAGUUGGCCAUCCGCCGACGGGACCCCUUGUCUCUCGUGUUUGCGCACUCCCUUGAGUGUGAUCACCGCUUCAACUGGGAGGGGACCGAAGUGAUCGCUAGUGCCAACACCAAACAAGCGCGAGAGUUUCUAGAAGCUUGGCACUCUAAUAGCAAUAGCAUCAACCGCCAUGUCGACUUGGACGCUCAAUACGAAGGCUUACGUUCACGGUUCGCCGGCUUGCGCCCACCCUAAGCCACCAACUGCUAAUCCAUGUUCGGCCAUGUAGAAUAUCAUGGAUUCAGCACCGCCCCCACAGAGUGAACCAUGUGUGAAACCCCCAACGCCACCCCUAACGUCCGCCACCUAUCCAAACACGUUCUUCACCCCCACACAUAAACGCCUGUCUUGUCGAUGUAACCUCGAUGUCCCCCUGACUCCCCAGUAGGAUUAUCUCCCUCACACUUUUCAUUUUCGUCUGACGACGGGUUGGUGUAACCGACUUGAAAAUUCACGAGUAUACCUCGAUUUUCCGACGAGCCUUCUCCUUUUAUUUUAAUAUAUAUAUAUAUAUAUAUAUAUUGGUUGUGUACAAGUUUGUUUGCGGCAAAACUCGUUCGGCUAUUACUAAUCUUACUCCUCACCUCUGCACUGUUUCCAGUAAGUUAUAAUCCCACCGGGUUCAGGUGUCCAGGCCUGGUUCACAAAUGCUCAAAAGAAUCUGUAGAAGCCGCCUACAUCGACAACUAUGAAUGCUUGCCUGAACGUAUACAACAUUAAGAAUGCAAACUUUAUAAGGUAUUUGCGUUUAUGAGGGAUCUGACUUCGAUUUCUAAGUUUAAACACGAUGCAUUUGUUCGAGUUAAAUGACAGGACCCAUCUCCAGGGCUACUCUUUCUAUCAACAGAUAUUUUCUUGAAAGUCCGCUUUGUGGACCGCGUUGGGGUGGGCUUGCCAGAUUUUUGUAUCACCCGCAAACACGUCGUACUCUAGACCCAAUUUUAAAACACAAUCGUAAAUAAAUCAAAGAAAGAGGGCGGAAUAAGCACUGAACCUCGUGGAACUCCACUUUCUAUGACCUUGGAUAAAACAAAAUGGAUUUAUUGUAGCGCCCUUGGGCACUGUCAGUCCCCUUGAUUGCUUCUGCUCUACACAAACAACCUGAAAAUGACCAACGAGGAAACUUUUAGUCCAUUUAAGAAGUUUGCCCUAUACCCAAAACUCACAACUUGAACAAGAAACGCUGGUGCGGAACGCCAUCGAAGGUACUCCUAAAGGCAAUGUAGGCGACAUGCACAGUAUGCUUUUCAUCGGGGUUGUAGAGAGUUCCAGUUUUGGGUCCACGUUAAGGUCGUAGUUGGUAGCUUCACUUACGCCUAGUGCCUGUUUACUUGCGGCCAACUCUCAGUUGUGGCUCUCUGAAGCUAGGAUCCGCCCAGCAGCCACACUCAGGUGACUGCCUCGAUCGCCGAGCCGAACCAGGUGGGGCAUUUGGUGUUGUGUUCGCACACCCGGUAAGCCUGUCUCACUCCCCAGCCCCUCCCUAUCUUUAAUCUCCCUCCCUUCUUCCCCCAUCCCUCUCCUCCUGCCUUUCUUCCCCUACCCUUCAAAAGUCCCGCGUAGAAGGCUAAAUACACUGCCGUAGGCGGCCCAGGCUAACUGGGGUUGCUCUCCAGUAAACACAAUCGGGACCAGUGGUAGAAUUCGGCAGUUAUCUGGGAUGUCCAAGCACUCAUCAACCGCACCAAACGUUGGAUACAACAUUUCCCGCAUCCACGUCAACGGCACCGACACGGAGACCGCAGACAAAUUCACCUACUUAGGCAGUACAGUGUCGCGUUGCUUCAGAAUCGACGACGAGGUGGCUCACCGGAUCUCCAAAGCCAGCCAAGUCAUCGACCGACUGCAGAACUCCGUGCGGAAUCGCCAUGACCUUCAUCUCAACACGAAGCUGAAAAUGCAUAAGACCGUCAUUUUGACGAUGCUUCUGUAUGUAGUGGAGACUCGGACAAUCUACGCGAGACAAGCUCGGAAGCUCAAUCGUUUCCAUCCCAGGUGUCUCUGACGGAUACUCAAGCUGAAGUGACAGGAUAGGGUUCCCAACACGGAAGUUUUCGAGCAGACAGGAGUCUUCUGCAUCCACGGCAUUCUGAAGUAAAUGCAAUUACGUUAGAAGGGCCAUCUCGUGAAUAGGGAAGGUACGCGUCUACCAAACAAUUCUUAUGCUGACGUCGCCACGGGUAUCCGCUUACAAGGAAAUCAAAUCCGCGCUACAAGGACACCUUGAAAAACUCGAGAAGUUUACAUAUCAACCCGAAGACUUGCGAGAUAAUAGGAGAGUGCUCAACGAUUUCGCUACGGAACUCACUCGUACCGUUGAGUCUUGGGGCUCUCUUUCGAGCUCUGUCAGCAGCCACACAGCGAUGCAUGAUGUGGGCAGAGUAAUCCCGUUAACAAAGUCAAGGGAGAGGGGAAUGACUAUUUCUGGUUUAGUAACCGUUGCCAUCCAUUCGUGCCUAAUUCUGAGGUAUAAAACACAUUGGGCUCGAUUCAGUGACCUGUCCAACGCCUCUACCCACUGAGUUGAGAGAAUAUCUCCCACAAAUCCGGCCAGUCUGUAAAGCUGAAAUUAAAACAGGAACAACAAUCUCUAUAGAAAGCAGAAUCGUUGUCGUCAAAACCAAUAGGGAGCCCCGCAAGCCACAAGAGUCUCGAUUCCACAAUGCCAACAACCAACCACUUUCAGCAUACCCACGCUACCAACGCGCAUUCAACACACGAAUCGGCUUCGUUUGACACUUUCAGACGCAACGUGCCAUCAACGCGACAACGUCUACCUCUUCUCCUACUCUCGCCCUGACGUAAACUCCGCACCAACCACAACUCUCGCCACCUGUGCCCAGACUGUCAAUGCCCCUACCAUCAAUCACCGGCAUCAAACGCCCUGCCCCUACCCCUGCGUUGAUCACAGCGAUCAGCUCCGCCAACACCACGACCUCUAG